CGAGCCUUCGAGCGACUUCGACUCCCGGAGGCCUUUGCGGCCGACUAGGGUGACUACGUUUCCCAGAGGCCUCUGCGGCGCCGCCACCGGAAGCGGCGAGCGAGUCGAGUGUCCUUGCGCGCGGAGCCGAGGGACCAUGGUGCCCCGAGUGUGGUCGCUGAUGAGGUUCCUCAUCAAGGGCAGUGUGGCCGGGGGUGCCGUCUACCUGGUGUAUGACCAGGAGCUGCUGGGGCCAAGUGACAAGAGCCAGGCUGUCCUUCAGAAAGCAGAGGAGGUAGUCCCCCCAGCCCUGUACCAGUUCAGCCAGUACGUGUGUGAGCAGACAGGUCUGAAGAUACCCCAGCUCCCAGCCCCUCCAAAGUUUAACUUUCACAUCCGCGACUCCUGGAAUUCAGGCAUCAUUAAGGUGAUGUCGGCUCUGUCGGCGGCCCCCUCCAAGGCUUGCGAGUACUCCAGGGAGGGCUGGGACUACCUGAAGGAGCGAAUCAAGUAGCCUGUCAGAGGAGGCCACCUGCCCCAGCCAGGAACAGGGGCAGGGAUGCCAUAGAGCUGGAGACUCCAGACUGGGACUGAGACCCCACGCCAAGGGCAGCUCCCGGCCUUGCUGGCCCAAUAAAGGACUUUGGAAGUGUU